UUAACGUGUCGCUUUUCCUGAUUUGCCGGGGGCGACGGCGGAUGCACGGCGUAGGCCAAUCAGUGCAGAGAGGGUGGGGCGGUCGGCGCCUGACUGGCAAGUCUCUAGCCCAAUUGGCCAAGGGUCUGCCGGCCGCCGUCGACCAGUCAGGUUGAAGCGCGCGGGUGGGGACUUUGGCGGGAAGAAUGGAGCUCGAGAGCGGCGAGGGGAGAGGGAGUGGAGUAACGGUCACCCCCGAGGGAGGGCGGGAGAGCGCGGAGGCCGCCCCGCCUGAGGGGGAGGGGGACCGGGGAGGGGUGACCCCGCCGUCCGCGGCGCUGGACACUUUAUCCGGAUCGGGGGCGGACACUCCGGCCUCGGACUCAAAAAGGCUGAGACUGUUCAAAGCGGCGAUAGAUACCACAGUGGAGAAGCUUCUAGAAACCGCCAGCUUUGAGAGAUUUGCUCAGUGCUUUCAACCUGUUUACAAAAUUCAGCCACAGUUCACACAUAGUGUCUACAAGCAGCUUAUUUCUCAACUCCAGACCUCUAUCCAGGAAGAAGUCAGUCAGAUCUCUGAAGAUGGACUGUUUGAACGAGCACUCCCUAAAUUGGAUCAGUUGGAACGUGAAUCUGAAGCACGUACAGACCCUGCGUGGCGUCCCACAGGCUCCCCAGCUGUGGACCUACGGACGCACCUGGUGCCAUACCUGCUACAACAGCGUGAUUACCUGCGCCUGAAACUGAAGAGGGCAAAGGAGGAGAAUGCAGCUCUGGCACAGUCAGUCCUCGAGGGCAGGAGCAGGGUCGAAUCAUUGGUGCGAGUGCGAGACGAGCAAUGUCAGCGUUGGCAGCAAUGUACUGAACUCUGUCGUCAAUUUCAGUUGGACGAACACUGAACAAGUGAAGGUGGCCGAUGUCUGAAUGCUGUUGUUGACUUCCAAGUGUUUUUAUAAUUUUUGAUGUGUUCAUGUACCUUCACUCACAUUCUGUGAUCUUCAGAGAUGAACCGGCCUAGCUCAAAGUCCCUGUAUACCUCAAUAAAUAACUGAUGAGGUAAAUGGUACCCAGGUAGGAAGGGUAAAUGAAUGGUAUGUGUAAAGUAGAGAAAGGAAUAGCAAUGACAUAGUGACUGUCCUUUUCCUCUGCAGACUGAAUUGCUCUGCUGGCUGACUGCAGCCCAUGUGAUAAAAUUAAAGGGCAGUCACACCAGCUGUUCAAGAUAGUAUAGAGGAAGCAUUACUCUCUAUCUAACCCUAUGAUUGAUGUGGACAAUGUAGAGAGAGCUUUAUUUUAAGUUUAAAAGCACAGAGGGAGCUUUACUCUACCUAACCCUGUACUGACAGUGUUUGAUGGGAACAGUAUAGAGUGGGUUAUUUCUGCCACAGUAUCCCUCAACUUGAUGGAUAAAAAGAUCCCUUAAACCUGGAUGUUUGGCCUCUGCUUUGAGGUUUGAAUUUGAAAGUCAAUCUCUGUUGCUGUAUAUUGGUAAUUUUAUUUUGUUCAUUUUCUCUUUUCUGUAUAAUCUUGCUUCCAAUGUUACUGGAAGUGUUGGCCAAGUCUGGGUUUGUAUUGUUGUGGUUGAUCGCUCCUUUAACCUCCCAACAAAGGUACCUGUAAGGGGUCCUUACCCUUGUAUCAUUGAAUUGGCUCACUGUCUGUGUUAGGCUCUGAGCUGACUGGGGGAGAGUUUUAAAUCGAGCAGUGGUAUGCCAAAACUGCAUCUAAUCUUGAGACCAGAGGUAUACCAGAGCCGCUGUACAUACACCUUGUGUCUGGAUGGAUGAUCCCAUCUCAGUUUGGUCUAUUUAUUAAGCAGUGUCUCCUACCAGUCUGGGAGUAUGUGAGUGUAUGCAGAUACUCUGAAACUCAGCUGAAACCAACAGCCUGGUAUCUCACUCGCUCAGUUCUAUCGCACUAUCCAGCCGCUCAUUCUACCAUGUGACCAACAACUUCAACACACCAACGGUGGCAUCUGUACUGUCACUGCAGAGAACAUUGUCUGCACUAUCUGCACUAAUUUUCUUCUAGGGCAGUGUUUAGGACGGCUGUGAAAUUUGUCAUGGGGUGGGUGGUUGGUGGGCAAGGAAUUAUCAGUGUAAAUUUGUGUUUGCAUUAAACCGAAGCUAAAA